GUCGCGGAGAACAAUGAGAGCAUGACGCACAUAACGGCUGUGUAGAGAGUGAAACAACUUACGGUCAGUACACUCAGAGUCCGACUCGGAGUCCGCAUGGCAGGUCUGGACAGAGAUUCGUUCGAGUUCACCUGUUCUCGGGAUGUCACGGCGGUAUCCUGUUGCAGACGAGGAAGUCGUCCACAGACCCUGCGCCUCCAAGGCUCCGUUGAUGGCAUCCGAGUCGGGCUGUAUUAGCAGGCCUCAUAGAGAAAGCGUGCAUUGGCACGAAUCAAUGUUCCGCUAUUGGCACCCUUCGUGAGC